CUAAAGAUGCGAACACCGCUGCUCGCGCUGUUUGCUUUGAUGGCAUGCGUAUGCCGCGCCUCUCGCUACGUCCUCUACCUGACAGGGCAGCAUCCAGUCUUUCCUGCGGACGUUCAUCUCGCGGAUGUUACGCAUGUUGUAUUGGCUUUUGUGAAAUCUUCGAAUUUCAUCGGAAAGAGUCCCUCCUCUUGGGAUCCUUUCACAUCUGUUGAAAGCGUCCGCGCCAAGUUUCCUAAGAACAAGGAUGUUUCCGUUAUGAUAGCUAUAGGUGGAUGGGGGGACACCAAUGGCUUUUCAGCGGCUGCCGCUUCACAAAUGGGCAGGAACGCAUUUGCUGCGAACGUAAAAGCUAUGCUUGAUUCAACUCAGGCGGACGGCGUCGACAUCGAUUGGGAGUAUCCUGGCGGAAACGGCGAAGACUACAAGCAAAUCCCAAACUCCCAAAAGAGCUGGGAGGUCGAAGCGUAUCCAAAGCUGCUCGCCGAGAUCCGAGCAGCCAUUGGACCUGACAAAAUCAUGUCUGCAGCAGUUCCGGGCAAACCAAUCGAUAUUCAGGUCGCAUUUACGAAAGACACGCUUGCUAGCGCAACGGAACAUCUUGACUUUCUCAACAUCAUGACAUAUGAUCUUUUCAACAGGCGAGACAACGUUACUAUGCAUCACACCGGCAUUAACAAUUCGAUGGUUGCGGUAGACACAUACCUGAUGAACGGCGUUCCUCCUGAGAAAGCGAAUCUAGGGUUUGCCUUCUAUGUCAAAUGGUAUCGAACAGAUGGCGACUGUAGCCAUGAGCCCGUAGGCUGCAAGACGGCAUUGAUGGAGGACCCGAAGACAGGAAAGGAUCUAGGUCAAAGUGGAUCCUUCUCAUGGCAUGACAAGGUACCCAAAGAGCUUGAGAAAUCAUUCCACACAGCUUUGAAUAAAAGAGAUUGGGACGACGAUGGUAACUACUACUGGGAUGCAGAAGAAAACAUUUUCUGGUCAUGGGAGACGCCUGCAUCUAUGGCAGAAAAGUUUCCGAUCAUUGUGAAGCAUCGCAAGCUUGGAGGUGUCUUCGCGUGGGGCUUAGGAGAAGAUGCGGACGCGUUCCUUCACCUAAAGACGCUGAACGCUCUUUACAGGAAAUAUCUCAAGCUCAAGCCGAAAAGUGCCAAGUCCGAGAGAGACGAACUCUGA